AUGGGGGACAAGCGCCUAAACGAGCUUCUCCGCUGGAGCAUCGAAAACACGCCGACGGCCAACGACUCCUCGGCGUCGCCGGCGCAGCCCGCGGGCACCAGCAACCUCACGCCCGAGAUCAUGGCCGCCAUCAUGGGCGGUCCCUCGGACGCGGACCUCAUGAAGGCCUCGAUCGACGUCAUCUCGGCCCCCCUCUCGGACGACGUCUCCCUCGAGGACAAGCUCGUCGCGUUUGACAACUUUGAGCAGCUCAUCGAGAGCCUCGACAACGCCAACAACAUUGCCAACCUCGGCCUCUGGACGCCGCUGCUGGAGCAGCUCCGGUCGGACGAGGCGGAGCUGCGCAAGAUGGCGGCCUGGUGCAUCGGCACCGCCGUCCAGAACAACGAGCGCACGCAGGAGCGGCUCUUCGCCGUCGGCGGCCUUGCCCCGCUGGUCCGGAUGGCCGUCGGGGAGCAGGAGCACGUGGACGUGAGGAGAAAGGCCGUCUACGCCCUGAGCUCGGCCUGCAGGAAUUACCAGCCCUCGAUGGACCUGUGCGCCGAGGAGCUGACCAAGGCCGGCCACGCGACGAGCACCGUCGACGCGACGGACAUGGCCGCCGUCGACGAGAUUAUGCAUGCGCUUCGCGAAAAGGCCAAGGCCUCUUGA